CAUAAGAUGAUCUAUGUUAAAAAAAAUGUAUGGUUGUGCAGGCUAGGACUCCAGUCCUGUGUAUUGUGGAGUAAUGUCACCUUGGGGCCCUCUGACCCUGCUCCCGAAUUCUUUCUUGUAUGUCCCUUUGGACAAAAGGAAAUAGCUAACUUUCUCAUCAUAAUAGUUUAAAGAUACUUUAUGGGAAUCUGUUUCAUGUUUUCCUCUGUUAAGUUUGUGGAACCUUAAUAUUGUAGAGUGACAAUCCACUGGGAGUUCCUUGUGCACCAGCAGAGGGCGAUCAGCACCAACAGGGAAAUGGUAACUGUGGUUUCCGAACAGUAAACCAUGAGGAGUGCUAACAGGACACAACUGGAGGCUGCUAAUUUUCCCAGUCAGGGGGCAGCUCUGCUUUCCUUAGUGCAUCUAGAAGCCUGUGGUGGGGAGAUGAUCAGGGAAAGAAGAAAAAGGGUGGGUCUCAGUGGUCCUGAUACCACCCAGAUGGCACUCAGGUCCAUCCAUUCAGCGUUUACAGUGAGCAACACUGUACAAUAAAUCAAUCCGACUCCUGCCUUGUUAACCUGACCAAGAUAUGUGGUUGGAAGAAGUCUGUCAGUCCAAAGAAAACAGGUUCUAUUCGUGAUAUCUCAUAAAGGUGACUGAUGGGUGUGUGAGUGUGUGUGAGGACAAGGCACUAAACAGGAACUGUAUAACAUGACAUUUAUGUUUUCUAUUUCAGGCCGAUGGCUGUAAUUUAUCGGACCUUUCCUUGUGCUCAGGUCUGACUUUGGGCACUUUGUGUAAUUAAACAUGGGCAAGAUGCUGUUGAGGAGUGGUUGCAGGGUUGCCGACUUCGGUCAGCUGGCUGGAGUGAGAUUUUCAAUUUGAGACAACUCCUGAACUCCGCACACUGAUUUACGUGUAUGUAAUAGUUUUAUUACCCUGUAAAUAAUCUGUAGGGUUUGCAAACUGCCCCAAUGUUUUUGAUGUAGUUAAUUUUAGGUUUAUGAUGGAAUAAUAUAGAUUUGCCGUAAGAUUUCUUGCAUGAACGUGAGAGUCUGAAAGCGUGACCGUCACGGCAGAUGCGCGAGAGUUGGCAACCCUGUGGUUGGAAAAUGGAUAAAUGGUUUUUUAAUCAUCAGAAAAGGGGUGAAAGUUAUCUUUUCUAUAUAGAAUUAAGGAAAAUGUGCAAUGCCAAUAAUCGUAUGUCUAUUCAUCGAAGGCUUGAUCAAUGAGCGGACAGGCCUACGUAGCAGCGAUAUAUUGAUCAUUAACGCAUAGGUAUUUUGAAUCGCUGAGAGUGAAUUGUCCCAGUUGGCGAGCCAUAGCACAGAGGGAAUGUCCCGGAUGCAAACAGGAGGGCAGUUUCAAAGCUUGAUAAUGGAGCUGGGAAGAACAGGGAGUGUGGAAGUCUGUUGAGAUGGAGGUCAUGCAGCGCCGGCCGCGGGUGCAGGACCUGCUGGGGGCGCUGUCUCCGGGGGUGCGGCAGCUGGAGGGGAAGACUUUUUACCUGGAUGCUGUGCGAAGCCGCUCCUCUGCCCUGCUUGCUGAGGCUAUAGCCCGUCUUGGAGGGAAAGUGGAAAGCUUCCUUAAUAAGGAUGUGACCUUUGUGGUCUCGGGGAGUCGGGACAACUGGCAGGGUUGGCAGUCUGUCCAGGAAGGGGAGGGCCCUAAGAAGGUUGCAGUGGACAGCCCCCCAGUUUCCUCCCGUCACCGGCAAGCUCAGGGCGGCUGCAGUGGCACCAGUCAGCGCACUGCUACUCCCAGACCUCAACACCAUACCAUGCUGGCUGUGCAGGCGUACAGAAGCCGUGGAAGGGCCCUACUGGAGAGGGCCAUCCGUAGCAAUGAACGCUGUUCGGGGACCAGUGUCCUGGCCAACGCUAGCUCCUGGGGCAUCAAAAUUCUCCAUGUGGACGAGUUCCUGCCAUACUUGAACCAACUUACGGAGGAAAGUUCCCAGGCCAGAAGCAGGGAACUGCAGAAAACAGGGAAAUCUUCGCCAUGGGUUGUCAAAGCCGGAACCCUGAAGUCUCCCUACAUUAAGAUUGAGGAUUCCAGCAGGAAAUAUAGACCUCUUCACACGCAGUCAGCAGUCUUCCCCAUGCUGGACUUUGCUGGCAAGUUUAGUCCGUUUGAGCCACCCGCCCCUAUGCCUCCUCCAAAGAUGAAGAACCAGGAGGACGAUCAACACAGCAAAGCAAAGAAAAGGAAUGUGGAUGCUGGAAGCAGCCGGGAUGCAGUAGGACGGCACCUCCCGCUGACUCUGACUCCUUCGCCCCCCCGGGUGCGCAGGAAAACCCUGGGAUUCUGCGAAUGCUGCCAGCUCUCUUUCAAGGAAGAGGCAGAGCACCUGCAGUCAGACCAGCACCGCCAGUUUGCCCGAGAUGAGUCCCACUAUGCCGUGGUGGACAGGCUGGUCUCCCUCAUGCAGCCAAACUUUUCUGAGAUCAUGGUCCACGGCCACAUGCUGAUACGGUCUCCUCCUCGAUUUCUCCACGCACAUCCAGGCCUGGACCUAGAGCCCCAGGUGAACAGUGACGCAGAUCUGGCCUUGCAGGCCCUGCUGUCGCCGCUCCAGCCAAACGGCAGCCCAGCUGCCCAGGAAAUGGAAGAUUCGAGGUCCACCUCCACCACGACGAGCGCUGCCCCUUCCGUCUCACCAAAGGAGGAAGCGCUGAAGUCAGUGCUAGCGGAUUUCACUGCCUGCAUCACAGCACCUAGCACUGUGCCCCCUCCUCAGCAGUCCUGUAACCCCCAGACCAGGACUGCAUGUGGGACCAGAGGUGGUGAAGCAGCAUCAGGGCCCAUGGAGCUUCCAGAGGACGGGGCAAAGUGUAGCUCAGUGCCCAGCCCCGGGCCCUUGAUGCCCCGAAAUGGCAGAAAACGUGGCAGGUCAUACAGUCAGAGUCCCAGGGUGAGCAAGAAGCGGAGGACCACAGCGUCAGUGGCCUUCAGCGGCUGUGCUGCCGUCCCGGCAGUCCUGCACGGGGAGCCUUACCUGAGACCCCCCCUCAACGUGCGGGUGACUCCGCCCCCUGCCAGCUCCCAGGGUCUCACCACGCCACCUCCUGGAGAAGCUUGUGGCUCAGAUCAGCUUGUGUACGCCGUGGUGAGACCGGAUACGCGUCUUGCUGCAGGUGACAUUCCAUGUACGUCUACUGAAGAUGACCUUCUCCUUGGUGCACGCCGGGCCCCCGCAGAAGGUCUUUGUAAUGAGAUGCUGCUACCUGUAACACCCUCUGCCUCCGGGGGGCAGCUGGGUUUGGUGUCAUCUGGCUUGGCGCUCGGUAAACAAUCUGAUCCACCGCUGACCCCUUUGGGCUCAACUCAUAAGGCGACUUUACCCGUCAACGGUACCUCAGCGGCCGCUCUGCACCUGGCUGUCCCACCCCAGCCCUCCCCGCCACCUUUUCCGUUGGUACCCCUCCUGGAGGACAGUCCAGAUUCCAGCCCUGCCCCUCUGUCCCACUCAUUCUCCUCCGUCCACAUUGAAGCCUCCCUGCUCCCAGACCCCUCGACCUGCUCCCCGUCCUCCUCUGUGGCGUCAGACUGGGACUGCAACCUGCUCUCCUGGAUGUCCCGACCCACUGCGAGAGGAGGCUGCGUUCUGGACCUGGAGUUUCUACAGAGGCCCUGCAUGACCGUGCGGGAUGUGGGAUACGAGUCGCGGCUCUGCUCUGUGCUGCACCCCCCAACCCCACCUCGGUCCCUCUGUGAGGACGACACAGACCCCGCCGUGCCCUUCAGGACUUUCGAGCUCUCUGCAGAAACCCCUGUCACUCAAUGACAGCAUUCAGCAUCAACAAUGAACCUCAAGAGUUUGGAAUAGGGAUGGAGUUUUCUGUGAUGUAGCCUGUCGCUGGUGUGUAUUUGUUACGCCGCAGUGUUAAGCUGCACCACCUGUGUCGGGCGGCUUUGACAUUAACUGGCAGCUGGACGUCUGUUAUGCAUUAACCCCAUCAGAGUAUUAAUGUCAGUGGCAGCCGACUGCAGUGACUCUCAAGCUUUAUGUCAGCUAGCCUACCUGGCACCUUUUAGUGUUAACAGUGUUUCUGUACUAUACUCAGUAGAAUAAUAUCUGAGGGUUACUGGGAAGCUCGGUCCAUUAGUCUAAGUCUUACAGCUGGGCAGAGUUCAGUGAACCCCCCCUUCCAUAUUGAUUUUGUAAUAUUUUUUAUAUGAGAGAGGUGUCUAUACUCAGAGACCCAUGUGAAUGUAGAUAAGUCAGCAUCUUUUCUUUUCCGUGAAGUUAAAAGGAUGAUCCGUCUCCCUUUCUGAAUGAAGGUUCUCUCAGUUCUGGCACCAGAAUUCCUCGCUCACUUUCAGCCCGGCACCAGCUUGUCCGGGCAGCAUCCGCGAUCCGUGUUGUCAUGAAACGAUGCUUCCCAGAACUCGCUAUCUACAGGUUCUAUAUGAAGCUACUGUAUUUUGACCCACCAGGCCCUUGGUCGGGGGGGGGGGGCAUCGUGGCUGGAGAGCUGGUGACUGCUUCAUUUAGGUCCAGCCCCCCAGGUACAGGGUCCCCUCAGGGUGGAGGGGGUCAUGUUCAUGUUGAGAAUGUCAACAAGCUGCAGUAUUACAGAAGAACUGUUUGGAAUGUCUGUUUUGGUUUUACUGAUCUUAUGAAAUAAACCUGAAAUAAAAAGUGAUCUUCAGGCA